AUGGCUAUUUAUGUGGUUGGGCCUUGUGUUGCAGAGGUCCCUGACUCACUCCCAGUUUCAUCCCCCGGCAAGCCAUCGGAUGAAACUGCCAGGCUAAGUUUAAAGAUAAUCAGCUCGGCCAGGGAAUGGACUGCGCCCAACGUGCCUCGGAAAGGAAAACAUGCCCUGUAUGAUGUGCAUCAAGGCAAUGCGAGAUCUUCGUCACCGCUAGAUAGGGAUUUCAGGGCAUUGGGCCGGCCGGGGUUUCGGCUUGGAAUAGACCAGUUGCAGCCUUGGAUUGAAGAAGCAUUGAACGUUGGCAGCAGUGGAAAUCGCAAGCGUCCGCUGGAGAACGAGCAUAUCCUGCAGCAACCACAUCCAUCGGCGGUUCCAGUAAAUCGACAUGUCGGCCCUCUUCAAGCUUCAUCAAUCGACAACUCAGAGAAAAGACACAAGGCAGAACUUCUUGGGUCAGAUGGAUCAUGCACGACACCUGACAUUUCAAGAGAUCAUUUCGAUUCAAAUCUCAGUCACACAUUUGAUAAGAACUUAGAAGGUUAA